CACCGCUUUGACUGUGCGGAGAGUGGCAGAGAGUUCCGUGUGCUGUGCAGAUUGGUGGUGCAAGUUGUGUCAGUAAUCUGCGUUGUAUGUCGGUUUUGAGGUGUGCCGGCUCCACUGUUCUUUUGUAGACAGUUACAGGACAUUUAACCUGUUUGUUUUUAGGUACCGGAAGACUUGAAGUGUGCCUUUUCCAUUGUGUUUAAGUGAAAUCAAAAUUGAUUAAAAAAUUCACCUGUCCAAGUGAUACAUUGAAAACGCAUUCUCCCUGAGGACUCUGCUUGCAUGUACAAGCUUCAAAGCAAAACACAACAUGGAAAGAGUUUAUCUCUUUUUGUGCUUUGCGCUGAUGUCAAGCAGCGUGUAUUUUGUGUGUGGCAAAGAACAGUAUUUUAGUAUGGACGAGUCGUCCCACAUUCUGCGGAAACGGAGUACUCUUCCAGAACAUCCUGAGCAUGCCAUUCCUACUGCUGAUGACAACAUCACUUCUGUGGUGGAGCUGAACGACACGCACCACUCGGGCCUGAUCCACUGGGCUGGCGGCGGUUCUCAGCUGGUCAUCUGUCUGACCCGCGACAUGGUGGUGCGGCCCGGCCAUCCGAGCAGCGUGUACGUCUCACUCGACCACGGCCGCUCGUUCACAAACAUCUCGGGUAACUUCACGCUGGAGGACGGCACCCCGGCCGUCAUCGGACACUCGUACGAGCACCCGGAGUUCAACAACAUUUACGUGUUCACGGACACCAUCAACAAGGUGAUAUUCGUGACUGACGACAUUGCCAAGGGCCUGACGCGACACCGAGUCGACUUCGUGCCGUCCAAGAUCUCGUUCGACCCCCGUCGGCGCACCGUUCUGCUCGGCUAUGACAGCAAUAUACAGUCGCUAUGGGCCAGCGACACGUUCGGCGCCUCGUGGCACGUGGUGGAGCAGUACGUGGCGUCGUACACGUGGGACGCGGCCGCCGACCCGGCCGUGCUGUACGUGCACCGGAGGCAGCCGGAACGGCCGGGCGUGGUCCGCUCGUCCACCGGUCUCUUCCUCAACUACACCACAGUGGCAGAGGAUGUGGAAAAGUUCACCAUCAAAGAGGACUUCCGGUUCGCCGUCCGCCGGGUGAGACUGCUGGGCUCGCACCAGUCGGACGGCACGCUACAGCUAUGGGUUAGCCACCGCGGGGAUCCGUUCACAAACGCCCAGUUCCCGGCCGGUCUGCGCGCUAUCGACUACGAAGUGGUGGACGUUAGUGAUGAUCAGGUAAUGGUGGCCGUCAUCCACAACGCCACCUCGUCCAGCUUGUACGUGUCGGCCGUGCCGGACAAGCGCGGCGUGCGCUUCUCACUCUCACUGGAGAACGUUCUCACGCACAGCACCGGAAAGACGUUCGCCGGAUCGUGGCUCAGUGUGGUGGGCGGCGACUUUGUGGACGUCCACCGUGUGAGCGGCCUGCGUGGCAUCUACCUGGCGUCGCGGCUGCCUCCCGACUAUGACGGCCAGCAGGCCAGCCGGCUGGGUCCCGAGCACGUACUGACGCUCAUCACGUUCGAUAAGGGCGGCCGCUGGCAGCCGGUGUCCCCGCCGACAGUUGAUGCCACUGGUGUGCCGAUACACUGCGAGAAGGCGGAGAACUGUUCGCUGCACAUCUCCCAGGAGAUGACCAACCUGUACCCGGGCACCAAGUACAUUCCGGUGCUGUCGUCUUCGUCGGCCGUCGGGCUGGUGAUGGCCACCGGCGUCAUCGGCGACUCGCUCAAAGGCCACCCGUCGAUCGUGCUCAGCCGCGACGCCGGCGCUACGUGGCGGCAGGUGCUACGCGGCCAGUUUCUGUACGCGUUCGGUGACCACGGCGGCCUGAUCGUGGCCGUGCGGCGCUACAGCGAAGGAGGCACACGCGAACUGCUCUACUCGCUCGACGAAGGCAUGACGUGGGGCCGCCACCUGUUCUUCACGGACGAGGUGAAGGUGUACAGUCUGCUGACGGAGUCGGGUGGCUCCGGCACCGUGUUCCUCAUCUUCUGCGCGCGCAUGGACCGCAGCGGCUGGAUCUCGGUCCGCGUCGACCUGAGGUCCCAGUUCAGACACAACUGCACGCAGGACGACUACAAGCUGUGGACACCGCGCGGCCGCUCGUCGGGCCGCGGCUGUCUGCUGGGUCGAAAGGAGACGUACCGACGCCGACUGCCGCACCAGCGCUGUUACAUCGGGGAGGGCGGCCGCGAGCCACUGGUCUCUGUGGAAAACUGCGCCUGCCUGAGAGACGACUACGAGUGCGACUUUGGAUACAAGGAGUCAGCCGUGGGCGCUACAGGUCGGACGGCCACCUGCGUCCGAGACCCAGAGGUGGCCCGACUUCCGCCCGCCUUCGACCCCACCCAGUGUCCCGAGGGCUCCUACUACAACGUGUCGCGGGGCUUCGUGCGCGUGCCUGGCGACACGUGCCAGCCGGGACCCGUGGCGGCUGUGCUGUUUGAGCCCGACCCGCGGCCCUGCCCGGUCAGUGAGAUCUCCGACUUUCUGCUGCUGGCUCGCCGAGAUGCCAUCCUCCGACUGCCCCUGAAGGAUGUCGAGAGUGGCGUAGCGCCGACGCCCGCUCCCCUCACUGGUAUCGCUAACGUGGUGGCUGUCGAGUACGACAAGCGGACGGGCUGCCUGUACUGGUCCGACACCGCCUUCAAACACGUCAUGCGUCAGUGUAUGGACGGCUCCGGUCAGGAAGUUGUCCUCAACCACAACGCGUCUACAGUGGAGUCCCUGGCGCUCGACUGGACCACGGGUAACCUGUAUCUCACUGAGUCGGACACGGCGACCAUUCAGCUGCUGCGUCCGGCCGUGCGGCACGCCGGUCACCUGCGCACCACACUGCUCGACAGGAGCGUGCUGGAGAACCCGCGCGGCCUGGCGCUCCAUCCCACCAAGGGGUACAUGUUCUGGACGGACUGGUCACAGACGUCUCCGGGCAUUUACCGCGCCUUCAUGGACGGCACGGAGCCGAAACAGAUCACGGGCCGCGGCCAGGUGGUGUGGCCGAACGGUGUGUGUAUAGACUACUCCACCGACCGGCUCUACUGGGUGGAUGCUAAUCUAGACUACAUCGCCUCGGCAGACCUGGACGGCUCCAACCGCAAAAUACUGCAGGACAAGACGGAGUACAGCGGCCACCCGUUCUCGAUCGCCGUUUACAAGGAUAUGAUGUUCUGGAACGACUGGCGCAUCGAGAGUGUACUCAUGUCGGACAAACUGGAGCCAAAGCGGAUCGUCAAGGUGCUGGAGGGCAUGCCGAACGUGGUCAGCGUCCAGGUGUACGGCCAGCAGUCCCAGGAGGGUGUCAGCGGCUGUACCAACACCAGCUGCCCCUGGAUCUGUACGCCGCGGCCGGCCGGCCGGCACCGCUGUCUCUGCCCGGACGGACUGAGCGGGCAGGGCGACAAGUGCCUCUGUCCCGGUGGUGGCACGCCCUUCGCCAACGGAACCUGUCCGUCAGUGAACCUCGUGUGUCCGGAGGGCUUCUUCACGUGCGCCACCAGCAAGUUAUGUAUCAACCGCGACUGGAUCUGCGACGGCGAUGACGAUUGUGGCGACGGCUCGGACGAGGCCGGCUGCGGCACUUCCACGUGCGCGCCGCUCCAGUUCCGCUGCGACAACGGCCGGUGCAUCACCGGCUCGUGGCGGUGCGACUUUGAGGACGACUGCCAGGACGGCUCGGACGAGCGCGACUGCCAGUACCCCAACUGCACGAAGGCAGAGUUCCGCUGUGACAGCGGCCGCUGCGUGCGGGCCCAGUAUCGGUGUGACGGGGAGGACGACUGCCGCGACAACUCUGACGAGCAGGGCUGCGCCACGCCGGCGCCGCCGCCCUGCGAGCCGCCAAGCUUCGCCUGCCGGUCGUCCAGCCAGUGCCUGCCGCCGGCCUGGGUGUGUGACGGCACGGCAGAGUGUCCUGAUGGGGAGGACGAGGACCCGACGCGCUGCGCCAACCACACCUGCCCCAGCUGGCAGUGGCAGUGCGCCAACAAGCGCUGCAUUCAGAGCAAAUGGCGCUGUGACAACCAGAACGACUGCGGCGACAACUCGGAUGAGGAGGGCUGCGGAGACGCCACCACCACGGCGGCGCCGACCACCGAGCCGGCCGUGCCCACAUUCCCCACGGCCCCGCCGACCGGCCAGUGCGGCAGCUCCAGCGGCCACCUGCUGCGCUGCGACAACGGACGCUGCAUCCCCGUCUGGUGGAAGUGCGACGGCGCCGACGAUUGUGGCGACAACAGCGACGAGCGCGGCUGUGACAGCGGCACCGAGCGGCCGGCCACGGGCUCGCCGCCGCCGCCGGUCGCUCCGACCACCUGCUCGGCCAGCCACUUCCGCUGCGACUCCGGCAAAUGUAUCUGGUCGGCCUGGCUCUGUGAUGGCGACCGCGACUGCCCGGGCGGGGAGGACGAGGCCGACUGUGCGCACGCCGGCUGCGGCCACGACCACUACCGCUGUCUGCUCUCCGGAGAGUGUAUCGGCCGAGAGAGGGUCUGCGACGGACGGCAGGACUGCGCCGACAACUCGGACGAGGAGGCCUGCCACUCGGAGGGCGGCACCACGGUGCAGCCCUUCACCUGUCCCUCUGGGGACUUCCGCUGCGACUUCCACACCUGCCUGCCCUACUACAAGUACUGCGACGGACACCGAGACUGUGUCGAUGGCUAUGACGAGGUCAAUUGCCGAGACGACAGCACCGUCUUCCAGGUGGUCAGCUACACACUGGACGAGGUGUCCAACAGCUCUCUGACAGUGCGGUGGCAGACGAACGCUCGUGGCGCCGCCGCCCUCACCAGACUCAGGUUCCUGCCAUCAAUAUGCGCCGUGUACCAGCCCGGUCAGCCAUGCCACUGGCUCAACAUGACCUGGGUGGCAGAGCCCGAGUUUACGUUCGAACAUCUGGAGCCCUACACUUGGUACAACAUCACCGUGUUUGUACGUGCUGAGGGACGGCCGGACGUGUUCCCGGCGAGUCAGUACAUCAGCCAGAGGACUGCCAGUGCCAAGCCGUCACCUCCGUGGCGUGUGAACGCUACUCAGCUGGACCACCACUCGAUCCGCGUCUCGUGGCGGCCGCCCAAACACCUGAACGGCCGUCUGCUCAACUACCGGCUGUCACUGACGCCGCCGCAGCCGCCGCAGAUGUUCAUCACGCGCCACACCAACUUCACCGUGGUGCUCGACUUCCAGCCGGGCGUCGAGUACUCCUUCUUUGUCCAGGCGGAGAACUCUGCCAUGCUGAGCGAGCGCUCCCACUCUGCGUCAGUCGUGUUCGAUGCGGACGCCGUGAUCGCUCCGCUGAGCGAGUUCCGCGCGGUGCCGGCUGCGGACGGACAUGGCCUGACGGUGCGCUGGCAGCCGCUGCCGUCGGCUGCGGGAGUACUGGUGACCUACCGACCGGCAGACAACCGACUGGUGCCCGCAGGAGAGGAGCGAGUCGAGGGGGAUACACAUCAGCUGGAGUUGACGGGCCUGUCGCCGGGCACCCGGUACGAGAUCGUGGCCCGCGGCUACCGCGGCCGCUUCACGGGCCCCGAGUACGUGACAGUGGCGACCACGGGCGGCCGCCAGCUGGCUGCCGUGGCCAAUUUCACCGCCGAGCUGUCGCCUCAUAGCGGCACACUGGUGAAGCUCAGCUGGCAGCCGCCGCCGACAGAGGGCAGUGCCGGCGCCGCCGGCGGCUCGGCCAUGCCGCUUCAGUACGGCGUGUUCUGGGGCACCUCGAUGGAGCAGCUGUAUGAGGGCGGCGUGCGCCAGCGCACUGUGGAGACCUCCACUCAGGCAACGGGUCUGAUGGCCUGCGAGGACUACCUGCUACUGGUAGCUGUGGUCGGACCGGACGGUACCGGGCUGCCCUCAGAGAUCGGCGCGUCCGUACCAAGUUUGACGCGCACGCGCCGCCCAAAAACGUCACCGUACAGACGCAGCGCGGUCUGACGCUCAUGAUGCGUGUCAGGUGGGAGGCCAGCUGUUCAGUGGUGGAGCGGCCCGUCGGAUACAAC